AUGCGUGUCAUAUUUAACAAAGCGUAAGCGGCAACAAGUGCUUGUUCCGCUCCUGCAAUUCAGUGUGAAGUACACUCUUUGAGCUACCAACAGCUUCAGAUAGAAUGAGCGAAUAUAUGUUUCCAAAGAGCGAUGCUCUUAUUAGUGAGAGAGAUUCGCCUGCGCUGCUGCCCGAGGGUUAUUUCCCUUUUCAGGGGGGCAUAAAAUGGGUAUCGGAUCUAAUGGAAAUCGAGGAGGGCGACGCGGACUGGCAGCUGGAUGCGGAGUUCAUUUGCAAGCGGAUCCGCGAAGUUAUGUGCAAAAAGGAUGCGAUAUAUCAAUACGUGCUGGAGCACCUUCUAUCCACGGCCACCUUCUACAGAGGCUCCAAAAUCGAUGUGCCACUGGACUUUGAGCAGUACUUGCGCUUCUAUAUGCCGUUCCCCGUGACUCCCAUCUUCAAUGACGCCCAUCCGGGUUACAUAAAUCUCUAUGCGCCCACCUCGCAUCCUAUGAUUAUCAAAGGCUAUGUGAAUCCGGAGAAUGUGCAGCUGCUGCUGCGCGGCAAUCUGCGCGAUACCAUCACCCAGAUCAAGUCCGUCUACUGCGACAGCGGAGUCCACUACAAGCUCAGCUACCGCACCCACGAGAUCGGGGAUCAGGGCUUCGUGCACGAGAUUUUGGCGUGCGAGAAGCGUGAGUCCGGCAUGCCGAGCAUCAUAUCUUUCGUCUUCCUGCCGGCCUUGCAAUUCAAGUUCGCCGACUUCCCGUUGCCGCCGUUCGUGCCCUCGGGUCCCGCCUGGGCGCACUGCAACAACAUCUACUAUUGGCUGGCUCUGCUGCAGGUCUAUCCGCAGUACGACAACCGCAGCUUCUGUCCCUAUGUGCCGCGCAUGCAGUUCAUACAGGACGAGCGCAUGCUCAAGUAUCGCAACGUGCUGCGGCUGCUGGUGAAGAUCGGCAUUGGCAACAAUAUACCCGAUAUAUCGGAUAUAUUCGUGCUGAAAGGCUUGCACUUCUUUCGGCUGCGCUACAGCAUGAGCUGCGAUUGCAAUCUAUCGUUGGCCACGCUGUUUAUGGAGCUGCUCAACAUUCACACACAGAUCAUCUACAACGAUGCCAUGCAGAAGGUGCUCGCCUUCGGGGGCUGCCAGCAGCACUGCCUGCAGGAGGCGCUCAAGCUGGAUGCGAUCGCGCGCAACGUCUCCAUGUUCUACUACAUGAACUACGUGCACCUGGAGCAACUGAAGCAUAUGUUUGGACUGAUAUGAAACAGGGCAUUAAAUUACAAAUUCCUAGCACACACACGCGCACACACACACACGCACACAGAUUGCAAGACUAGCAGCGGACUCACGUUACGUAUACGCAGUGUAAACAAUUGAUACGAUCUUUGUUUAUAUACAAAGAAAUAUAGAUAGAUGUAUAUAUAUAUGUAUAUGAAUAUGUAUGUAAGAAGCGCGACAAUUGGGCAAACACAUUUGUCAGCUGGAAUUUUGUAUAUACAUAUACACCUAUAUAUUUAUCCAGUGAAUCUGAAUCGCAUGCGGCGCCGUUUUUAUGCGUAAAUAUGCCACAAAUUUGUUUAUUUACAGGGUAUACGUAUAUAUAUAUAUAUAUAUAACUAGCUAGAGAGUUAACAACAACGCCUACAGCUAACAAUAAAUAGUUAAAUACACAAGAUAAUCAAUACAUAAUACAUAUAUAAAUAUAUAUAAAUAAUCAUAAAUAAAUUAGUGUACGUUAAUUACAAGCAAA